GUAGGGAGAGGGGCAGAAUAAAAAAGGUAGCGGCAAAGAGGAUUCACGGCACAAAGGAAGCUGUCACUCAAGGAGCUGCGUUGUUAUCCAUCACUUUUAUUUUUCCUUGAGAAGUACAUGAGCAGUGUGUAGCCUAUAUUUUGACCAAUGAGCAUACUUGGAACAAUUUUUUUUAGACAAGCUGAUUGAUUUAUCUUUUUUGUUGGUGGAUAGUUUGUUCGUCAAAGGUCUGCUGGAAAAACAACAGAAAUAUCCAGAGGGCUUACAAAAUAAGUGUACUAAGUGGCAACGUGGAGACUGCAUUUGCGCAGUUGCCAUGGAAACUGUUUUGCUCUUCCUCUUUUCACUGCUGGCAUAUGUGGCUGCUGCAGCAGACCCCAGUGCAGAGGAUGGCAGGACAAAAGUUGAAAAUCCUUUCAUUUAUGACUAUGAGAGUUUGAGAAUUGGGGGUUUGGCAUUUGCUGUGGUACUGUUUACACUGGGCAUCCUUCUUAUUCUCAGUCGGCGAUGCCGCUGCAGUCUCAAUCAGAAGCCCAGGGCCCCUGGAGAUGAAGAGGCACAAGAGGAGAAUCUGAUUGUCUCCAAGGCUGCAGCAGCUGCCAAAGAGACUCCAGCUGAGAACUGAAACAGCACCAGAAGGACUGUGACCACCUUCUGCAGUGAAGAUCAUUUCAUUUGAUAUUUAGCCACAAUAACAAUAAAGGAACUGAAGAUUACUAUGAAUGGUUAUAUGAUGGGGUGAAGGGGAGGCAAAAAAACAUUUAAGGGUGUGGUAUGUAGAUAGAUCUUGUGCCAGUUGUUCUUUGUUGUAACUGUGCUAGUCCCUCAGUGCUCUUGUCUAUUCAUGUGCCUUUCUGUGACAGUUUCUCAUUCCACUUCCUUUGACUUAAGAUUGUCUUCAACACCCUUGGUACAUUUUUAAUGUGUUGUCUGCUGUUCUUUUUGUACUCCUAUCAAUUGACUUUUGGUAAUAAGAUGUGUCAGUUUGCUGCUUGUUUUGUCUUGGAUAAUGUUGGUCACAUUGGGUUAUUUCAUAUAAGCACAUUUAAAGUACACAAAUACAUAUAUAUUGAUUGUUUCCAUAUAAGAUAUAUAGUUAAAUAUUCUCAGUUUAUGUUUAUGUUUGAAUGGCUGGGUGUGUUUGGAUGCACAUAUAGAUACAGUUGCAUAUGCACAUGCAUAUCUUGUACAUGUAUGAUUGUGUAUCCAUCACAAGUGCAUGUGUAUUUCUACAUGUAGAUGUGAUGAGCCUUAUAUGAGACAAUCUCAACUGCCACAGCUCUCUUGAAUGAGCAUGUGAGUGGUUUGCAGGUAUCUACAUGGGCUCCUCCACCACAGUGUUUUACCAUCUGAAGUGGAGAGAGCUUCUAUAUCAGCUGUCUCACUGCCUUCUUUUCCACAUAUCUACUCCACUGCUGCGUCACUGGCUCCGUCAGGAUUAACUAGUCUCUAGCAGUCUAUGGUUAGCUUGCCUCAUCCACACUCACUAGUGCCACUAAUCUGUAAAGCUGGGACAUUGUUCUUUUCUUUUACUUGUUUGAUUACUAAAUAGCAGUCUUUACUCUGUCAUGAUGUUUAGAAUGACCAAUAUGCUUAGAAAGAGAGGCAAAGUUAGGGUGCUGAGUUCAAAAGGAGUAAAAACCUUAAAUUUAUAUUAUUUAUGUGCCAGACUACAUUAACAGCAGCUAAUGUAAGAAACCAUAGAGUGAGAAAAAGUUUUUCUUGUGAAUCUAUCGUCAGGUCAGACUUUCACCAGGCUUUUUUAAAAGAUGACUGCUGUAUAAGUAAUUGCUAUAUUCAUUCUACGCAUGAGGCCACUUUGUGUAGCAACCUGUUGUGCUUUUGGCAUAAAUAAAGUACAUUAAAACAGUG